CACCCUCCCCAAACAUCAACCAAAACAUAAACAAACCUGAAAAUGAGGUUUUGGGCCCUGGUAAUUCUUUGUUUAUGGCUGUCUUCAUUUCAAAGAGGCUUAGCUGAGCAGUGUGGAGGGCAGGCAGGAGGGGCUCUAUGCCCAGGUGGGCAGUGCUGCAGCCAGUUUGGCUGGUGCGGCACCGCACCUGACUACUGCACCAACGGUUGCCAAAGCCAAUGCAGUGGUGGUGGGUGGAGGGACAUAGGCAGUCUCAUCUCAAGGAAUAACUUUGAUCAGUUGUUGAAGCAUCGCAACGAUGGCGGCUGUCCGGCCAAGGGCUUCUACACCUACGAUGCAUUCAUAAGUGCUGCAAAGUCCUUUCCUGCCUUUGCUGCCACUGGGGACACUGCCACCCGUAAAAGAGAGAUUGCUGCUUUCUUAGGCCAAACUUCCCAUGAAACUACAAGAGGAUGGGCAAGCGCACCAGAUGGCCCAUACUCUUGGGGAUAUUGCUAUCUUAGGGAACAAAACCCUGGAUCCUACCGUGCGUCGGAUCCAAAUUAUCCUUGUGCUCCUGGCAGGCAAUAUUAUGGCCGAGGUCCUAUCCAAGUUACAUGGAACUACAACUACGGGAGGUGUGGAAAAGCCAUAGGAGUGGAUCUGUUGAACAACCCUGACCUUGUGGCCACUAACCCAAAAAUCUCAUUCAAAACAGCACUCUGGUUCUGGAUGACUCCACAGUCACCAAAGCCGUCGUGCCACGAUGUUAUGACCGGGAGAUGGAAUCCAUCCGGUGCUGACAGCUCGGCCGGUCGGGUUCCGGGAUAUGGUGUAGUCACAAACAUUAUCAAUGGUGGACUGGAGUGUGGUAAAGGGUGGAAUUCUAAGGUGGAGGAUCGCAUUGGGUUCUAUAAGAGGUAUUGUGACAUACUUGGGGUUGGAUAUGGUAACAACCUUGACUGCUACAACCAGAGGUCCUUUGGGAAUGGACUAUUGGUGGACACCAUGUAGAUGCAUGCACGAUCUAGAUAACUUUGGGGUUUUGUGCUUCAGAAUAAUUGAUCAUUUGGUCAAUGGGGAAGUUGAUCCUUUCGUUUUUCGUAUUAUUAAGUCGGUGUAUCAUAUAUGUAAGUUUCUCAUUUAAUUUUCUCUUGUGAAAUAAGAAAAUACAAAUAAUUACUGAAAAAAAGGGUUAGUGCAAUUAUUUUAUUCAAGAGAAAUUUUAUUUGC